UCGUCUCCUUCACAUCAGUCGUCUCUCGUAUAUCGAACACUUCAAGCCAUUAAAUUCACUAUAGCAAAAUGUUCGGCCUGAAGUUGAUACUAGCUGCAGUGCUGGUGGUCGCAAGCGCCAGACAUGUGCCCCAGGACCACCUGCCGUACGAACAAGGAUACCUCCUCUGGUUCGACGAAGAUGGACAACCUAUGUUUGAGCACGAAGACUUGCUCCCAGAGCCGGAGGUAUCCUACCAGCCAGAGCACCUGGCGAGGUCUCGCAGACAGGCACAGGGCAGCGUCACCCUGAACUCCGACGGCGGCAUGGGCCUGGGUGCUAAGAUCCCCCUCGCACACAACGACAAGAAUGUGCUAAGUGCUAUCGGGUCCAUGGACUUUAACAAUAAGAUGCAACCUGCUUCCAAGGGCUUCGGUUUGGCUCUAGACAACGUCAAUGGGCACGGACUGACCGUGAUGAAGGAAAAUAUUCCCGGGUUCGGGGACAGGCUGUCGGGUGCUGGUAAGCUGAAUGUGUUCCACAAUGACAACCACAACGUGGCCGUGACCGGCUCUCUCACCAGGAACAUGCCCAGCAUCCCGAACGUGCCCAACUUUAACACCGUCGGUGGGGGCGUCGACUACAUGUACAAGAACAAGGUGGGAGCAUCUCUGGGCAUGGCCAGUACUCCAUUCUUAGACCGCAAGGACUACUCCGCGAUGGGCAACUUGAAUCUGUUCCGCAGUCCGACCACAACCGUGGACUUUAGCGGCGGUUUAAAGAAGUUUGAAACUCCCUUCAUGAACAGCGGCUGGAAGCCCAACUUUGUCUUUAGUUUAGGCAGAUCUUUCUAAAGAUGUCGCAUUCAUUUAUAAUAAUAAGAGUAAACAUCAGUAUUGCUCAUACUAUUUGCUAUGUAAUCUAUGGUUUUAAUAAAUGAAAAUUCUUUAACUA